UUUUUUUGUUUGUUUGUUUUUUCUUUUUUUUAAUAUGUGAUUUUACUUUGAAUGCGGAACGUGACGACGUGACGUACUUCCGGUUGGUCUGUUUUGAAAGUUAGCAUGUAGCGCUUAGCUGUGGCCAAAUGUCAGAAUGGUGAAAGAUGCUUUUCGGUGUGUUGAAUGCAGUGAAAAAGCAGCGGAGCUCCACAGAGAUUACAAAAACGGCAUCCUGAAGAUAACAAUAUGUGAAUCCUGCCAAAAGCCUGUGGAUAAAUACAUCGAGUAUGACCCAGUUAUCAUCCUCAUCGAUGCCAUUUUGUGCAAGACACAGGCUUUCAGGCACAUUUUGUUCAACACAAGUUUAAAUAUCCACUGGAAGUUGUGUGUGUUCUGCCUGCUGUGCGAGGCCUACCUGAGGUGGUCGGUGCUGCACGGCGCCCGGCGGAGCAGCCACCCCGCCGACAUCAUCAGAUACACCAGAGAAUGGGAGUUCUACAGCACGUUUGGGGUGGUGGCUCUGGAGCUGGCUGCGUUCUGCGGCACCGCGCUGUGUUUCCUGUGGAUCUGGGUCCAGGUCCAGGGGGUCCGGGGGGUCCAGGUCUGGGUCCGGGGUCCUGAGGUCAGACCCGUGGAUGUGGGCCUGUUAUUCAGGGCGCUGCUUCUGUCCAGUUAUGGGAAAGUCCUGCUGGUGCCCGCCGUCAUCUGGGAGCACGACUACUCCCCGCUCUGCCUCGGCCUCAUCAAGCUGUUCGUGCUCACCUCCAACUCCCAGGCCAUCAGAGUGAUCCUGAACUGCAGUCGGCGUCUGUCCCUGACGGCCGUCUGCCUCGGCCUGCUGGCGGAAACCUGCGUGUCCCGGGUCUGUGAGAAGCUCCCCUGGAUUCUCCAGGAGGGGCCCCCCCCUUAAAGACAUGCCCCGACCCCCCCGGACCGAACCAUGUGGCAGCUCAGGGGGGGGCUGAAGGUGGACAUCAGCCACAUGUGCUUGAAAUAUAAAGAAAUUAAGCUUUUUUUAUUUUUUUUUAUUCUAAAUCCGGUCUAUUUAUGUUUGUAACUGUUAAAUGUGUCUCUAAAGAUUUGGGAGGAACAUUUCCGAGGCGUUUGGAUCUUUCUGUGCCGUUCAAUAAAGAGAAAUCUGGUGUUUUU